CGGGGACUGAAAAGCAACGAAUUUGCCGCCCGCUUCCGACUCAGCUUCAACUUCACCUUUACAUCACCCUCACAGCUGUAUCUCACGCACAGUUAUGCCUCUAUUUCCAAUGGGUACCGGCGUCGAAGAAGAUCUACAAACAAUCCACAAACAUGAUGCGGCGUCAACAACAAUAUCCGUGGCAACUAGAAUCAAGAACCGCCGCAAACGCUACCUAGACCUGCACCCAGAGUAUUUCUCUGCAGACCUCGAGCUUGCCGACCCGUUACUCUAUGACCGCCUCAUCCGACGAUUCCAGACCCCUGCGGAGCGAGAAUCCGAGGGCCGCGCGAAGGGGUUCUCGGGAAUACUACAGGCGGAUUUGCUGCGGUCGGAGGCAAAAAUGGAUGCGCUGAACCACCCCGACCCGCACGCGAUGUUUAGCUAUACGCGGGGUCCGAACGGCGAGAUUCUUGCGGAGGAUCGCGAUGAGAUACCGGGGAGUAAGGAGGAGGGGGAGGAGACAUGGAGGUGGGAGAUGACGAUGCGAUUUCUUCGAGGGGAGGAUGAAGAAUUUGACUACACGACUGUGGAUGGGAACGAGGAGUAUGAUGAUCUGACUGAGGAACUGGAUAAGUAUUUUGAUGAUGAGGAGCCUGAGUGGUUGGUCGAGGGGGAUGGCGAUGUGAAGGAGCGCUUACAAGGGGAGACUGGCAUCCAGGACUUUUGAUAGUGCUCGGCCUGCUGGUAAACAGCCGGCAAAGGCUUGAGUUGCUUUGGAGCCUCGUCCAACACUCGCCGACGCCCGCUGCCUGCAUAUUAAUCAGUUCAUUGAUAUGCGGACUUAUCCAAUCUGCUGAACGCAUCAUACGGUCUUCAUGCUCAGCGUCCUGCCUACGUCUCUCGAUGAGGCAUUUUGACGCCGUACUCUUUCAGAAAAGCCAGAUGCCGUCUCGGAGGCUAAAUGGUUCCUGUCGCCGCCAUCUCAAUGUGGAAAGAGACACGCUUAGCCGCAAGAAUCACGUAGGGACUGUGCCCUCCCACCACGCGCCAGUGUGACCUGGCCGUAUGAUUUAUGUCCUCGGCAUUGCGCCCUUCAGCACUGGUUUCGGCCAUCGCGUCGAUGUGUCCGAGAUGGCACAAACGCUAAUGAAUUCUCUUUUUACAUGUGGCAUUCAUAUUCAAGAUAUCCUGAACUCUAACAGCUAUGUCAUAUACGAUGAAUAUAUGCUAUGCUAAAUAGUUCCAGUGCAUGAUAUAUAGCUUCCAAUGCAAUGCUCAAUGCCCUCCAAGAAGCUUAACCGCCGUCUCUCUAAGCUUGAACUUCUGAAUCUUCCCACUCGCUGUCUUUGGGAACGAAUCAGUCGGCUCCAAAAAGAAGAUAUACUUGGGCACUACCAGCACAAUCAUA